AAUAAUGUCCGAUACAGGAAGUAGUACCUCAGUGUCCACACCCACACACACACGCGGCAUGGAAACAAAUGUGAGGCGUGCGGGUGUGUUGAAACAGCACUCUAAAAUUAUCUAAAGCUGCGGAACGGAUCGAGGUUAUGUGGUGUGUUUUUUCGUGGUAGGGGUUUGGUGCAGAAAUGCGAGCUCGCUGUUGACUGUGUGCGCGAGUUUCCGUGUGUAUCCUUACGCGCUCGAGCGGCCGUUAAGAGCUGCGCGCUGAUUGGCUGCAGUCAAGGAGGACGCUUUAAUACUUAUGGUGCUGUGGUUGGCUGCAGACUGUAAAGGUUCAAGCAAUUUUUUUACAGCUUAGUGUCUGUGGCACCGUAAUUAAUUGUAGCUAGCCGUCUCUUAUCGAUGCGUUUGGAAGGAACAUGAAAUAGCUGUUGUGCUGUGGUGUUUUUUUUUUCUUUUUUAAUCAGAGGACUUUACCGGUCGGCCUUAGAGAGUAGAGAUCCAACUGUGCUGCUGCUGCUACUGCUACUGCUGCUGCUUGCUAUUUCUACCUUUACGUGUGAUGUUGGAUAUGGGAGAACGGAAAGAAGUGAAAAUGAUUCCCAAAUCAUCGUUCAGUAUAAACAGCCUGGUGCCUGAAGCCGUCCAGAGUGACAACCACCACAGGACCAUCCCCGAGGAAGAAGAGAAAAUCCCUUUACCCAUAGCGCAGGAGGCGAAGUCGGAGAACACUUGCGCUAAAAGUGACAAUCCUGAACCAACUUGCACGGACGAUAAGGAAAAACAGGAGGAAAAAAAAGACUCUAAAGAGGGCGAGGGAGGCAAAGACGGCGAAAAGAAAAACGGCAAGUACGAGAAACCUCCUUUUAGCUAUAAUGCCUUAAUCAUGAUGGCCAUCAGGCAAAGUCCGGAGAAACGGUUAACGCUGAACGGCAUUUACGAGUUCAUUAUGAAAAAUUUUCCGUACUACCGGGAGAACAAGCAGGGCUGGCAGAACUCCAUCAGGCACAACCUAAGUCUGAACAAGUGCUUUGUCAAAGUUCCGCGGCAUUAUGAUGACCCGGGUAAAGGGAACUACUGGAUGCUCGACCCUUCAAGCGACGACGUGUUCAUCGGCGGCACGACGGGAAAACUUCGGCGGAGAUCCACCACGUCGCGGGCCAAGCUGGCGUUCAAGCGCGGCGCGCGGCUCACCUCCACCGGCCUCACGUUCAUGGAUAGAGCUGGCUCUCUAUACUGGCCCAUGUCGCCGUUCCUUUCACUGCACCAUCCCAGGGCAAGCGGCGCCCUGAGCUACAACGGCACCUCCUCGGCCUACCCCAGUCACCCGAUGUCCUAUAGCACCAUGCUGACGCAGAACGGUUUGAGCAACAACCACUCGUUCCCGGCCUCGAAUGGCCUGAGCGUGGACAGACUCGUGAACGGAGAGAUCCCGUACGCCACGCAUCACCUGACCGCGGCCGCGCUGGCCGCAUCUGUGCCCUGCGGCCUCUCAGUGCCCUGCUCAGGGACCUACUCGCUCAACCCGUGCUCAGUGAACCUGCUGGCGGGACAGACUGGCUAUUUCUUUCCCCAUGUGCCGCAUCCUUCCAUGAGUUCACAGGGCAGCACGUCGAUGAGCUCCCGCACCGCUUCUUCUUCGUCGCCGCAGGCGGCCGCGUCUCUCCCGUGCGAGUCUUUAAGGCCUACACUACCGAGCUUCUCUUCGGGACUUUCCGCCGGACUGUCUGAUUACUUCACACAUCAGAACCAAGGCUCUACGUCCAAUCCUCUUAUACACUAACUGUCAUCCCGAAGGAUGAAGACUUGCUUGAGCUGCAAUGGAAAAUCUGCGCAAACAAAAGGAUGCGGCUGCCGUCUCGCCUUCCCCAGCUGGGCGGAACACGCAGGCCAUCGCCGCCAAUUUCACAGCCCAAUUAUCUACUUGCAUUCAGGGGAGUUGACUAAACAAACAGCGGCCCCGCUGCGCCCCGAGAGCUCGCCGAGUCACGCGAGACCCCUGCGAGAUCAAUCCUAGCCGCACCGAGCACCUCUGAGCAUCAGCACUGCAUGUAUGCGCCAUGGGCCCAUCGAUCACUAUACGCGCCUUAAAGCCAGUCCAUUUAUGCACCUGUUUACUUAUUUGUCCUCGACUUAAUUACGCACCCACGCAGUCUGCGCACUGACCCGGAGUUGGGCCAAAGUUGUUUAUAGCAAUUAUGAGUCACGUUUCACUUUUUUUUGUUUUCUUCCUUCCUUCCCUCCCUCUGUCUCUCUCUCUCUCUCCCUCUUUCAUACACCGCAUGGCCAGACUGUCGUGGUCAGACCACUGUCAAUUGCUCUUGUGCUGCUAUUAGGGCAGACAUGGCUUCGGCGCCUGAAAGGGAAAAAAUCAAUGCCACCGUGAUUAGACCGAUGACAGCAAAUUCACAGUUUCAUCCGGGAGUGUUCAGACAGAGACGAGGUGUGCGGCAAAUAAGGCGCACUUGUCUGCACACAAAGGAAAAGUCCUCCCGUCUUUGUUUAUAAGGUGUAAAGAUCCGACAAUGAUUGUUGGGUUUCUGGAGACUUUCUGGCCGUUUACAUCGUCAGCAUCGCAUGAAAGGAGACGUGUGGCAAAUUUCAGUGCAACUUCAUAGUCUGUUGAGAUUUCUUUACCUUUACACCAUUUCAUUUCAAAAAACAAGCAUUCAGUGUACAUGUACAGUAACCCCUGCAGGCCCAGCCUGUCCAGAGCCACACGGCCAGCUGCGCUUACAGGCUUCCUCAGCUGCAGCCUCAAAUAAUAAUCCUAUUACUAUUAUUAUUAUUAUUAUUAUUAUUAUUAUUAUUAUUAUUAACAACAACAACAACAACAAUAAUAAUAAUAAUAAUAAUAAUAAUAAUAAUAAUAAAAUGUACUAUUGUAGCCUACUGUUUAAAACCCGAGUCAGUGCAAUGCUGUGAGUUAAAUUAUGAUCUUAAAGUGUUGUAAGCUAAGCUAGCCUGUGUUGCCACAUUGUGCGCUACGGGGAGGUGGGCCUUUUGUUUAUUAAUCGCGCGAUCUUGUUUGGAGAAACUUUGUGGAACGGGAAAUGGAAACACCCCCCUGCACCCGGGGCGGAUAUUAUUAAGCAGCAUGGGGCGGCUCGGUUCACGUCACGCGGCCUUCACGAGCUGAACGCGGCGGGACCGCGCGCGCGCUCUAACGGGCCAAUUGGCGUCGCGGAGCGCGCUUUUCUGCUUGCCAAUCGGUGGCUCUCCUCUUACUGCGGCUGCCAUGGCAACCCGCUCUUUAACCGGCAGCCCCCUCACAUUACAGCGUCGCGCGCUUCCGUCGUGAUUGGUGACUCGGGGAACCAAACGAGGGGAGAGCGGUUUCCACAAAACAAGAGCCAUCAUUUCGUGUGUGUGUGUGUGUGUGCGCGUGUCUAACACCGACACGUUCCCGUGAUGAGGCGCACAGAAAAGCAGACAGGAACAAGAUAAGACAAGGCCAGCUGCGAAUGUGAAUUUGCUCCGAGGCAUUUGUUUGGGGUUACAGUUGGGUAUAAAAUUGGAAGGGUGCUAACACAGUUUUGUUUAGUCUAGCUUAGCCGUAUCCUCAAAGCAAAUCCACAGCAGCGCACUAACAUCAACAGUAUAGCGCACACUCUCAGGCACAAGCCUCCGAGUCGCCUCGCCUUGUUCUUCACUCAGACAUAGCGGCAGGCGAGCACACUGUACCGUCCCUGUGCUGCUGCCAUCCAACACAUCUGCUCUACCUGAAGCCGCAGGUGGUGGGCCUUUAAUUAGCUUUCAUAUAAAGUUCUAAAGGUACAUCCCUCAUCCUUAAGGUCCAGUCAUGUAGCGUCAUAUAUUUUAAAUGUAGACUAUAUUGACACGUGCAGGUGAAAGCUAGGCUCCACAUGCUGCUGUCCUGACCGAGCAGCUCGGCGAUAAGGAGAGUGCAGCUCGGUCCCCUUAUUUCUGAGAGGGUAGGUCUAGCCUUCUGAAUAGACAGAGUAGACACGAAUUAAAUUAUUCACUACGAACUAGCCCACUAUGUUUCCAAAACAACUCCAAGAAAUCUCUUUAAAGUGGCACCUAUUGUUGUUUUCCAUAAACUGAAAGCGCAUGUUAGCGUUCUGCAUAGAGCUGUCCACAGACCUGCAGCAGACUGCACACUGGUUUACUUUCAGAUGUGCAGAAGCGCGUCCACACGUAAGAGGUGAUGUCCUACAUGUUACGAAGAAAUGGCCAACUACACGUACAUAUUUAGCACGGUAGUAAACCUUUUAUUUGGACGCAGCUUUUUUUUAAUUAUUAUUAUUAAUUUAUUUUUUAAACAUUCCCCAGCCUCCAGCAGUUCCGCAGUGCUGUGCGCGCCUUGGAGCAUGCGCAGAGAGCAGCAGCGGCGGCGGCCUCGCGCGGCUCGUCAUCUUAAUCCUCCGCUCUCACCUGCUCUGGCCCGGAAUGCACUCAUAUAUCAACCUGCGGGCCACACCGAGCCACUCCAGCCCAGUAAAGCGAUAUCCCGGGGUGUCAUGCUGAAAAUUAGACUUGGAUUUGAGUGAAGAGACUCCCUCCCCACGGCGACCUGCGUGCCAGAGUAGAAGCCUUUAUUCAACACAGAUGUGCUCACAUAUAUACACGGCAUGAAUGUGUGCGCAUGUUUUCAGACGAGUAAUCUGUGCUGAAGAGACAAAGAAUUAAUCACGCGUGUUUAGGGUUAUU